GGGAGUGGACUUCCUGCAAGCGACCACCAUCACGCCCAACGGCGACCCAGGAAGGGAAUCGCAAAAGGUUCGAAAAAGUGCCGUCGGCCUGUGAUUGGCCAAUUCAUCCUGCAGCGUGCAGCUGACUCCCACCCCAAGAAAAGGCACGCCGGCUCUGCAUUCCGCCAAUUCCUUCUCAGAAAUGGCCGACCCUAAUCGCUCGUCGGGCAAGGCCUUUGUGGUCGAGCACUUGGAUCCGGAGCUGGAAGAGUGGUCGUCGCUCGAAUACGCUACCAUUGCCGCAGAGUGCCAUGCUGCGGGUUCGCAGUUUUUGCUCUCCUCAGUGCCUCCCUCCUUGAAGCUCCCGGUAAAUCUGCAGCAGGCCAAGGGCUUGAACGUCGAGACGAGGGGCAUCGAGGAAAUCUACGCCGACAAGAAAGAUAAGGUCUGUUUGCUGGACCCUGCAGCAUCCAAAGACCUGAGCCCAGAAGAUGGUGACACCUUUGACAUCUUCCUAUUCGGCGGCAUUCUCGGAGACGAUCCGCCCAGAGAUCGGACAUCGGAGCUGCGCAAGAAGGGUUAUCAAGGACGCCGGUUGGGGCCCGUUCAGAUGACGACUGAUACUGCAGUGCGAGUCACCAGGAUGGUUGUCCAGGACAGAAUGCCGGUCGAAAAGAUCCCUUACCUCGAUCAUCCCGAGCUCAAGAUCAACAAGCACGAAAGCACGCAGAUGCCGUUUCGUUAUGUGAUGGGCGAAGAUGGGCGACCCAUUAUGCCAGAAGGGAUGGUCGAGCUGAUCGUAAGGGACUCAGAAAAGGGCCUUGGAGACUUGUUAUAGGGUCUAUAAUCGCUCGUCUCCGUUGCAAAGGUAGGCCUCAAGGGGAAGCGAGCAAUGCCGUCCGAAUGGAUUCUGCGCCACUGUGGCACGCAGUCUUCUACGAGAUGGUGAAUGAUGCCCUUUCGGGUAGGUCCCUGAGUUUGCAUGCUGCAUUUGGCAAUAAGGAAUUC